AGUCAUUCGACAGGAAGCCUAGGUGAAUACCUGUUCUGUGAAGUUGUCUUCGAUCACCGAACUUGAAAAUCUUCGAAGGUGCAGGAAUCAGACACAGAUGCAUCGCUUGCGUGUGUUGCUGACAGUAUCUCACAAAUGCCCGACACGGGUCGCGCGUGGAUCCGAGCUUUCGUGCUGGUCAAGUCGCGCGCACUACCAGGGUCUUCGCUUUGCCGCAUGCAUCGACGGGAUUCAACACAGGGCUUCUUAUCGCACGACCGCCCAAUGUUUUGGCAAGGAUUGCAAUGGUGCCGUUCGGGUGUCAAAUACCGCCGCGAGCGUACUCGACACCAUCCAAGAGACGGAUAUUGCCACGAGAAAAUCGCCGUCGGAUUCCGCGGCGAAUAUGGCUUUACUUGAGGAAAUCCUUGGACCCCAUCCCGAAGGCACCUUCGCGGCACGCCACGUCGGACCGCGGGAAGGUGACCAGAAGGACAUGCUCAAAUACCUCGGAUAUCAGGCCAUGGAGGAUUUCAUUCGUGACACAGUCCCCCAGAGCAUCAGAUUGAGAAGACCGCUACGCCUUCCGGAACCCAUGUCGGAAAGCGAGCUUACUGCCCUUGCUCAACGGACGGCGAGCGAGAAUGAUUUGUGGAAGUCUUACAUCGGACUCGGCUAUCAUGCGUGCCACGUACCGCAAGCAAUUUUCAGAAAUAUCUUCGAGAACCCCGGCUGGACGACUCAGUACACACCAUAUCAGCCGGAAAUAUCACAAGGCAGAUUAGAAGGUCUACUCAACUAUCAAACGAUGGUAACGGAGCUGACGGGGAAACCCGUUGCGAACGCUUCGCUGCUUGAUGAAGGAACAGCUGCUGCUGAGGCAAUGGCCCUGUGUGUUAGACAAACACGCAGAACGAGGUUCGUCGCAUCGACACGCGUGCACCCGCAGACGCUGGCUGUGCUGCGGACGCGGGCCUCUGACAUGGGGAUUACUCUGGACGUUCGGGCGGUACAAUUUAUGGACUUCGAGUCGAAGGACAUCGCGGGUGUACUUUACCAAUAUCCGGACACGGAAGGAAAGGUCAAAGACUUUUCCGAACUAAUCGACAAGGCGCACAAAAAUGGGGCAUUGGUUUGCUGUGCGUCGGACUUGCUGGCACUUACUCUCCUCAAGCCACCCGGUGAAAUGGGAGCGGAUAUUGUGUUCGGCAAUAGCCAGCGUCUUGGAAUACCAAUCGGCUUCGGCGGGCCUCAUGCUGCAUUUUUUGCCUGCUCUGAGUCGUUGGUUCGUCUCAUGCCCGGCCGCAUGGUCGGCGUAAGCAUCGAUAGCAGCGGGAAAACUGCCCUGCGUCUGGCACUUCAAACCCGCGAGCAGCAUAUUCGUAGGGACAAGGCGACGUCCAACAUCUGCACGGCACAAGCGCUGCUGGCGAACAUGUCGGGAAUGUAUGCCGUCUACCACGGUCCCCGAGGUUUGAAGAGGAUCGCGGAACGAGCGCAUAACAACGCCCUCCUCGUUGUCGAAGCGGCCGAAGUGGUCGGACACGUACCGCAGUCGACGCUUUUCUUCGACACGAUCAAGAUUCGACCGUCUGAGGCUUUCCCACAGGAAUCUAUCAGGCAACGGGCCGAAGAGAAAAAGAUCAAUUUGAGAUAUUACGACGACGGUGGGGUUGGGAUUUCGUCGAAUGAAACAAUGUCGCAAGGAGAUCUCCAGGAUCUUCUUUGGACACUCGGUUGUCGCUUCACGCUGGACGAGUUGGCCGCUCGUCACGGGAAAGACGCAAUUGGAAGGAGAAUUUCCGACUCGCCGUUGGCGCGAACGUCCAAAUUUAUGCAGCAGCCGAUUUUCAACAAGUAUCAUUCCGAGGCUCAAAUCGUACGCUAUAUGAAACAGCUGGAAAACAAGGACGUUUCCCUGGUUCACUCUAUGAUCCCUCUCGGGUCCUGCACCAUGAAGCUGAAUGCUACCUCUGAAAUGGUGCCAUGCUCGUUGCCCGGCUUCGCAAAUCUGCAUCCUUUUGUGCCGAUUGAUCAAGCAGCGGGUUACCAGAGAAUUUUUCGAGACCUUGACGAGUACUUGUGCGAAAUCACCGGCUUUGAACACAUAUCAUUGCAGCCGAACAGUGGAGCCCAAGGGGAAUUUGCGGGAUUGACGACGAUAAAGAAAUACCUGGCGGCAAUCGGGGAAGUAAAGCGGGAUAUCUGUCUCAUCCCAACUUCCGCUCACGGAACCAAUCCCGCUUCAGCGCAAAUGGCUGGCAUGAAAGUAGAACCCGUACAGGUCAAAAAAGACGGCUGCAUCGAUUUCGACGACUUGAAGAAGAAGGUGGAAAGAUUCAGCGACAGACUUGCGUGUCUGAUGGUGACUUACCCGUCGACAAACGGCAUUUUCGAAGAAGGUAUUGAGACCAUGUGCGACUUGAUUCACUCUGCUGGAGGCCAGGUAUAUCUAGAUGGCGCUAACAUGAAUGCUCAGGUGGGACUCUGUCGCCCCGGGGAUUACGGUGCAGACGUGUGUCACCUCAACUUGCACAAGACUUUCUGCAUCCCCCACGGAGGCGGGGGACCAGGAAUGGGUCCAAUCGGAGUAAAAAAUCAUCUUGGACCAUAUUUGCCCUCUCAUACUCUGGUGAAAAUGGAACAAUACCACGGAUCAGUGGCGCCCACUAGCGGAGCUGUCAGCUCGGCUCCCUUCGGAUCACCUCUAAUCUUGCCGAUAUCCUGGGCUUACAUUCGCAUGAUGGGUGCGGACGGUCUUCGAAAAGCGACGGAAGUUGCCAUGCUGAAUGCAAAUUACAUGGCUAAAAGACUGGAGCCGUUCUAUAAAUGCCUAUUCCGGGGUCAUUUGGGAAAUGUGGCGCAUGAGUUCAUCCUGGACGUCAGGCCUUUCAAGAAAACAGCUGGCAUUGACGUCGCUGACAUCGCUAAGCGCCUUCAGGAUUACGGAUUUCAUGGGCCUACGAUGUCUUGGCCUGUCACGGGUUGUCUGAUGAUUGAACCGACAGAGUCGGAGGACAAAGCCGAAUUGGAUCGUCUAUGUGAUGCCUUGAUUGGGAUUCGGGAGGAAAUCGCCGCGAUUGAGAAAGGGGCCAUGGAUUCAGAGAGAAACCCGUUGAAAUUGGCUCCGCAUCCUCUUAGUGACGUGUGCUGUUCCGAGUGGAAUCGACCAUACAGUCGGGAAAUAGCUGCGUUUCCUGCGCCGUUCGUGAGACCCGAGACGAAGGUUUGGCCGACAGUAGGGAGACUGGAUGAUAAGUUCGGAGACCGGAACUUGGUUUGCUCGUGCCCCUCCAUGGAUGAGUACUCCACGUCAUCGUCCAAUUCCUCUGACGACGAAGCCUCCUGUGCCAUGUGAAUCAACAUCAUUUUGAUUAAAGAUGUCGAGAUUUUUUCUUCUGAAGAUCGAUUUUCAUUCUCCCUCCCCAAGAGCAAAGUUUGGUUUAUCGUGCUGUGAUACCCUCUGUCCUUGUUGCCUUUUUGUCGCUUGAGUUUCGGCGAAGUGUGACUCAGACGGUUUUUUAAAUUGAUGGAAACGCGAUUCCGUGGGUGGAGUGGAAUCGGCCGUAAUUAUCGGGUCAUUGCGUGAGCAUAUUUUCAAGGCCGGGAUGUUUUGAAUUGUCGGAAAUGCGAUUCUUUUUUUUAGUGCUUCACGAUUUUGUUUCAAUCUAUGACCCAAUAAAACUCUUCUGUGGAUUA